GUUGUUAUUCAGUUUUAGAGCCACUGCGGCCGACACACGUGCCAGCAAUUCAAAAAAUGCAAAUAAAAGUGGACAACAUUUACACUUCGGUGGCUUGCAAUCGUUGUACUGACUGUGCAGAUUGGGGGCCCAGCGGCCUAAUCGCUUAUGGAGCCUGCAAUGCUGUGGCCAUACUAGAUCCCAGGCAUAAAGGAAAUUCAGCAAAAAUUCUGCACACUCUAGUGGAGCAUACAAAGCGAGUGAACACUGUCAGGUGGCUGGAUACGGAAAAACUAAUCUCUGGGGCGGAUGACGGCUUGGCUGUACUCUGGUCCUUGGACUUGAAGGGCGGUGUGGCCACCAAGCUUGCAGCACUUGCUGACCACACGAGUGGAGUAAAUGCUGUUGAUGGUGUUUAUCGUAAUACUGGUGAUUGGAUGUUGGCUACGGCUGCAGCUGAUAAUACCGUAAAACUGUGGAUCUAUCAAAAUGAUGGAAAAGUCCAUUGCUUUCGAACUGUACAAAUCAAGUCGGGCGGUUUUUGCUUCUCCCUAUGUCUGACUGUAUUACCAAAAAGUGAUCAAGUUUUAAUGGCCACUUCAAGUGAUGAUGAGAGCGUGUCCUUGUGGCUAGCAGAAGCAAAAUGUCAAGAUGAAGGUUCAGUGGAGUCAAAAUUUGAAUUUGUUCAUAAAUUCAUCGGACAUGAAGAUUGGGUACGAGGUCUGGACUUUGUAACUGAUGGAGAUGACCUACUCUUGGCCAGUGGAUCUCAAGACCAUUUUAUACGUCUUUGGAGAAUUUCACCACGCAGCCAACAACAGGUGCAAAAUAAUCAAACCGAGUUGGCGCAAUUAAGUGAAGAUGGGGAGGAGAUUAAGGUGGAAGAGACUAUCGUACGAUUGGGAGAGCGGGCGUGGUAUGCUGUGUCUUUGGAAUCUGUUCUCUAUGGUCAUGAGGGCUGGGUAUAUGGCAUAAAUUGGCAUAAAACGGAAAAUGAUGAAUUGCGUUUGCUAUCUGCCUCCAUAGACAAGACUUUAAUUGUGUGGUCACUGACAGAAAUGGGCGUAUGGCUUGAACAGGUUCGAGUUGGAGAGGUUGGUGGCAAUUCUAUGGGCUUCUAUGGUGGAAAAUUCUCAAAUGAUGGCCUCUCUAUAAUGGGCCACAGCUAUCAGGGUGGCUUUCACAUAUGGAAUCAAAACAAAGAACAACCGCACUUGUGGUCAUCGAAUGUCAUUGUGAGUGGACACUAUGGCGAAGUUAGAGACUUGGCCUGGGAAAAAGAGCAGGGCUCAUAUGUGAUGACUGUUUCGGCAGAUCAGACAACUAGACUACAUGCCCCAUGGGUGCAAAAAGAAAAGGAUUCUUCUUCCACUUGGCACGAGCUGGCCCGGCCUCAGGUUCAUGGCUAUGAUAUGCAAGCUAUAGCCUUACUUUCACGCUAUAAAUUUGCAAGCGGAGCUGAAGAGAAAAUUGUGCGAACAUUCCAGGCUACAGCGAAUUUUAUAGAAAAUUUUCGGCAUCUCUGCCAUAUUGAGGAUGAUACAGCUGGCGAUUCUUUGCUUGAUUCUUUACCCAAGGGUGCUUCGGUCCCAUCAUUGGGUCUUUCCAAUAAAGCAGUUUACACGGUGGAGCGAAAUACUGAAAAUUCUGGUGCAGCUAAGGAAGAGUAUCCGGAUAAUUAUUUUGUUCCAAUUCAAUUGCAAACUCCUCCACAGGAGGAGGCUUUGAUGCAGAACACUUUGUGGCCAGAAUUACAAAAACUCUAUGGUCACGGCUAUGAGAUUUAUGCUCUUGCGGCUACUUCGGAUGGUUCUAUAUUGGCAUCCAGCUGUAAGGCUACUAACGCGGAGCAUGCUCAGAUAAUAUUAUGGAAUACAUCAACUUGGAAGAUAUUGCAAAAGUUAAGCGGCCAUCAAUUGACAGUGACUCAAUUAAGUUUUUCACCCAAUGGGCAAUAUUUGCUAUCAGUAUCGCGUGAUCGCCGCUGGUGCUUGUUUGAGAAACAACAACAAGUCGAUCCUACAUCCCUGACAAGUUAUUCUCUGGCGGCCUCAACAGAUAAAACAAAUGGCAGACACUUGCGUAUUAUUUGGUCUUGCGAUUGGUCUCAUGAUGGAAAGCUGUUUGUGACUAGCUCAAGGGAUGGCAAGGUUGUUAUUUGGCACAAAUAUGGAACCAUAAACGACUCUUCACUCAAAGGUUGGCAGGCUUUUGGUCAGCCUUUGGAGCUUAAAAACGAAUCUGUCACUGCUGUGGCAUUUGCCAAAAAUGCUUUGUCUUCGCAAAAUGAGGCUUAUCUUUUAGCAUUGGGUCUCGAGAGUGGGCAUAUUCGUAUCUAUCGUUUUGCCCAAGGUGAAUGGCAACAAUUGGGCGAGUUAAACAAGAACUUGGCCCAUCAUUUGUCUGUGCGACGUUUGCAAUUUCGUCCCUGUCCCCAGAAAUUUUGGCAUUUGGCGAGCUGUGGUGAUGAUCAUUUGGUGCGCAUCUAUGAUAUUCAGAUAUCUAAUUGACAGUAGUUUAUUAAAAUCGCGCAAUAAGUUUUGUA